AUGGCUUCGCUAUUGGAUGCAUUGGUAUGCGGCUACGCAUCUCUUUUUUGCAUGAGUGAGCGACGUGUCUCACCCCAAAUGUCGUCUAGAGUGCACGCUGUAAAUGGACAGAAACAUUUGCCGCGUCAUAAGAAAACGACUAAAUUGUCAGUCAACGACCAACUGCGCGUACUGAUUGGCAACGUGAUUAGUGAGAAUGAGCUUGAAGAGCGUCUCUCGUUUGGACGCAUGUUGGGUACUGGUGCGACUUCUAAAGUUUACGAGGCAGUGGAUACAAAGACUGGAAGACGCGUCUCGGUUAAAGUGUUUGACAAAUUGUCAAUGGUGGAAGCACGUCGUUCCAUGGUCGCGGACGGUCAGUACAUACCCGAAAAGGCUGUGCACCGGGUACGUCGACGACUGUUGAAGCUCGUGUCGGAGCUCGAGAUUUCCAAGUCACUGGACCAUCCUAACAUUGUCAAAUACAUUGGUGCAUAUGAAACGUCACACCGCAUCUGCAUCGUCCACGAACUUGUGGAAGGAUCGGACUUGCUGGAGUAUUUGCUGGAAAAUGGGAAGAUGUCUGAGAGCAAGGCGACAGGUGUAUUUAAACAACUGCUUUCGGCGCUGGAGUACUGUCACAAUCGCAACCUUUUUCAUCGUGACUUAAAAUUGGAAAAUGUCAUGGUAACUAAAGAUUUGAAAGUGAAACUUAUUGACUUUGGUCUGUCCGAGAUUCUUAACAGUUCAAAGCAGCCACUAAGGACAGUCUGCGGCACGCCUUUGUACUGCAGUCCAGAGAUUCUUUUUCUUCACACCUCAACUGCAGCCGCCCGUAGUGGCUUUUUAGGUGGCCCUGCAGAUAUAUGGAGCGUCGGUGUGCUAAUCUUUGCUCUUUUAACGGGUUGUGCUCCUUUCGAUGACUCCGACUUUCAUCGACUGCGCCGAGAUGUUUCACGUAAUCGCAUCAACUACCCUACGUACAUAUCUGAUCAGGCAAGAAAACUUUUAGAGACGAUUCUUGUGUCAGAUCCCGAACUUCGGCCGACGAUUUCAGAUUUACUUUCACAUAGUUGGUUUAUGGAGACAGUUGAUGUCAAUUUUAAUUCCAGCAAUAAGGAAGAAUGGAAGUGCACCAAACAAGAGAGCGAGGUGAAUAUCAACAUUUGCUAUCGCUCCCUCUCUUGUCGACGUGACAGUGGCUCUGGUGGUACAUACAGCUCUAGUGCAAGUCUUGAUGAUGUAUUAAAGCUGUCAGCACCUUUACACACGGCGAAGUGA